AUGUUGAUAAAAAGAGUAUUACUGCACACUCUUCUAGCAAUGCUGGCUCAGAGCAACUAUCAAAGUUAUGGAUUUGAUGACACCGAUUGUCCAGUGGAAAUUCAAGUUGAAAGACACUCCCAGUACAAAAUUAAUGUUGGCAAGUCUUUGGUUAUAGUCUGUCCAGUUCGUUACUGCAAGAAAAAGCCAGUCAUGCAGUGGUGCAAGAUAGAGGUUGAUACCUGUGUGUUGCUGAAGGAGGGCAAAGCAGAAUGGAAGUCCAAUGUGUUUACUCUGGAGAUUUUCUCAGUUCAUCAGAAUGAUAGUGGAUUUUAUCGCUGUCGAGCAAUAGCAGGCAACCUGUCCAGUGAGAGCCAUGGAAUAAAGGUUAUUGUUGAAGAAAGAUCUGCAAACAUUAUCACAAUUUCACCAGAAAAUACCACUAGCAUCUCAGAAGAGUCCCAAGAAUCUGGAACCUACAAGAUAUUACACAUUAUUUAUGCUUCAGCUGCUGUGGGUGUAUGUUGUCCCUUCAUUGUUGCAUGCAUGUUUUGGUGUCUAAGGAGGUACCAUGAAAAGCAAAAGAGAACUCCGUUAACUCAACAGAGACAAGAGAUACUG